AGCAUCCAUACAGCCCCAACACGGGGAGGAGGAGGGUUUGGCUGUUCUCAGCCAGGAACUGAACCCGACGGGGAGCACAUCAGAGCCCCGUGCCAGACACACACAGCCAGGAGCAUCAGGCCAGGGGACACAGGUGGGAGGGUGAGAGCAUUCACACGGCAGCGCUGCCGGCAGCCCCUUCCCACAGGGAAGCGGCUCAAACACUGGCUCACCAGGACCUGCUGGCUCCAACAAGCCAAGGUUUGUUUUUAGUGUAACGAAGGCUCCGAUUUAAAACUUGGCCCCUGAACCUCGGCAAGGACAGGGAGGAUGCCGCUGACCCAGCAGUAGCUGCAAGCACCAUGCACUUCACUUUGGGUGGAGCGCUGCUAGGAGAGGCUUAAGCCAAGAGUAAUAUUUCCUCAUUUUCUUUCUAUAAUCUGAAAGUGUUUUAGUUGUUAAAUCAUCUUCCUGCCUUCAAAACAAACAGCUUUAAACCUAAAGAGUUGGCAAGCCGCUUCCUAAAGAUGAGAUGUUAGCAAACCAAAGUCAAGCAGCCAAGAGCUGAAGAGAUGCAGACCACAGGCCAGAUCUGUUCUCCAUCACGAAGCAAGCAUCCCUGCACGCUCCCUGCCUGAACACAGGAUGGCACAUGCUAACCUCUCUGUCCCUGCAGCAGCCCUCCCAUGACCUAUCCUGGGAGCUCAUUAACAGCUUACUAAUUUGCUUAGCAUCACAGGGGAAAAGAAAAAAUAAAUCUAAUGACAGCAGAACCUGCAUCCCACUCCCCACUGCUGCAUGUAACCUCUGACUCCCUCUGUGCAAAGAGGCUGCGCCAGGGAGACGAGAGCUGGCGGCACAAAGCCUGGGUGCUUGGACUGAUGGGAACAUGCAUGGGCGAUGCCAGGGUAGCACAUGAGUGACGCUGAGCACUGGUGGCAAGUUGGUGGCCCCACGGGUGACACGCUAGGAAGCAACACCUUAUACCUGUUCACUUAAGGCAGCUCUAUCACUGCUAUGGGUUAGGAAAAACAAGAGGGGCACGUGGCUGUGCACGAGCCCUGAAGGCGUGCAUGUAUCGGGGCACAUUGCUCAAGUACGCAUCUCUCCUCCAGACUCAGUGCCGGGCUUUCAGCUUCCUUUUUGCACUCUGCCCUUAAAUUUAUUAUUCCACAUCUCAUUAAAAAGAUGAAGGUUCAGGCUCCGCACUGUAGCUGAGACCCAACAUCGCGCAGUAUCCCGACAGUUGUGCUCCCGAUUCAGAAAGUCUCCGACUAAUCCCCACCGUGCCCUGAGCCCUGGCGCGUUGGCACAGCAUCUGUGCAGGCCCGUAAAUAGCCCAGCUGCGGUCGUGCAGAAUGGCACGGCAGCACAGCUACGUGCCGGCUACCUCGGCCGGAGCGACAGCACGGCAGCUCCGCGCUCGCAGCCCGCGUGCUGCGAGCAGGGAAGGAGAGCAAGCAGACCUGGGAGGCUCAUCUAGCUCUAGCUUUUGUCUUGAAAAUAUUUAUCGGUGCCGUAUCAGACCCAAAGCUUGGGAAGGCAGCAAGCACAGCCUCUGCCCGAGCCUGUGGCCAGCAUGACACAGCCCAAAGGGCAGUCAGGAGGAAGGCAGAUGGAGGGGAGGAUGCACUCUGGUUUGGGGGGUGAAACUGCUGCUCUCCAGUCUUGGGAUGGAGAGCCAGCUCCGCUCCCCUCUUCAGAGGGCUGCAGCAGGACCGGGGCAGGCAAAGUCCUCCCCACAGCAGGGUAGUCAGAGGGGUCUCUCCCCACCUAGAGAUGGGAGGCACCUAUAGCUACCCAAGAGCUUUCCCCAAGCCAUGCCACCUCUUCUUGGGGUGUGCAACAUGACAAAGGGGGGCAGGAAACCCUCAUACCUGCUAGAAAAAGCUUGACUUGCUACAGCUGGACACACACCCGAAGGGAAGAGUUGGCUCCUCUCCCAGGGAGUCGUGCCCGCAAGAGCACAUAAAGGAAGCACCCAGGCUAUACAGAAAUUAGGACACUGCCCUUCUUGGGGAAGCUGUCUUAGGUGGUUGUACAUGGAAUGUGAAGGGAGAACAGGACCACAUCUGCAUGGGGGAGAGCCAGGCAGGUCCAGACAUGUCCACCCAGGAGUGCAGAGGGGACAGCCCUUUGUUUUUCUCCCCUUUUCCUGCCCCAGUUUUGCCAGUCCCCCCCCCCCCCCCCCCCCCCAGCCACAGGAGCAGGCAGAGCGCUGCGGGGACAUUCGUGGCACCGCCUGGACAAGGAGCAGCACCCGGAGGCAGCGGUUGCGGGGUGAGAUGGCGCGGCGGGCGCUGGCGCUGGCGUUCUGCCUCUCCCUGGCCGCGGCGGCAUCCGCCGACUGCGUGACCCAGUGCUCCCUCUGCGCGGUCCAGACCCGCGGUGCCGACAGCGGUGUCCGGCCCCUGAUGUGCCUGCGGGAAUGCCAGGGCUCCUCGCCGCCCAGCCCCGAGUGGGAGACGUGCAGGAAGGCGCUGGCGCUCCUGGCUCCGCUGGUGGCCCUGGCCGAAGGGACAGAUCCAUCCCCUCGGGAGGCGGAGGAGGACGGGGCAGAGCCGGAGCAGGAGCUGGUGGGUCCCGGGGAGCUGCCGCUGGCACCGGCCAAGCGCUACGGGGGCUUCAUGAAGAAGAUGGCCAAGGGGAAGCUGCUCUCCUUGCUGCGCGAGAACGCCCACAGCAAGGGCGGCCUCAGCAAGAAGUUCGGGGGCUUCGGCCGCAAGCUGGGGGAGCGGGCGGCCCCCGAGGACUACCCGGGGCUGGGGCCGGCAGGCGAUGGGGGCGAGGAGCCCACGGGUGCCGGGGCCGAGGGGCAGGAGCUGGCGGAGCUGCACAAGCGUUACGGCGGCUUCAUGCGCCGGAUCCGACCCAAGCUCAAGUGGGACAAUCAGAAGCGGUACGGGGGCUUCCUGCGGCGGCAGUUCAAGGUGACCACGCGGUCGGACGAAGACCCCAGCACCUACUCAGGGGAGGUCUCGGACCUAUAGAGCCGGCCGCGCGACGGGCGGCAUCACGGUCCCCACGCUGCCGGCCCCGACUGCGCCGUCACCCCCAGCCCCUGCCCAGCCCAGCGUCAUCCCUGCCUCGUCCCCCCAGGGGACCGUGGGUCCCCAUCCCCAGCUGUCCCUCUCUGGUUCACCUGCCCAUCCCUUAGGGACCCUUGUGCAUCGAGGGGACAACGCCACCCCUCCGGCUGCUGGCGGUGUGGCUGCGGGUCCGGCCCCAGGGCUCCUGGGGGCAAAUCGAGGGCGGGGGGGGGGAACCCCACGUAUCUUCCACCCUCCCGCAGCUGCAGAAGCGCAGCAGGGUCUGGAAACCAUCACAGCUGAUGUACAGGGCAACGGCCUCUGAGCACCGGGAAGGAUGAGCUGGGGCAGGAUCGAGCCCUCUGGGCUGGUAGAGGGCUCACGCAGCCAGCACGGCCGUGGGGAGAGGUGGCUGGGCAGGGCUGGCACCGCGGCACCAUCACCGGGGCAGGCAGCUGGCCGAGCACGACCCCGACUCUCCUCCCCGAGCCGCUCGCCGCAUCCCACCCGUCCCAGCGCCCGCCUGGUGCCCCUGGGCUUCCCCCCCCUCUGAGAAGACCCCCGGAGGCAGGGUCCGACCCGCACCCCGGCCCCCGCUCCCCCCCGCAGCCAAUAAAAGGCAGAUGCCAACGAA